AUGCGCUGCCAGCUUUGUCUAAAGUCUGGAAUGAGUGGCAACAACGUGAGCCACUCCAACCGGCACACCAAGACCCGCUUCAAGGCCAACGUCCACAAGCAGACGCUUGACAGGAAUGGCACCCCGGUCACCGUCAAAAUCUGCAGCCGCUGCCUGCGGUCCCUUCACAAGUCCCCCAAGGUGCGCAAGGCCUUCGCCGCUCUCAAGUAG